AUGAACCCAGCAGAUAUAAAUAUUGAGUAUACUUUGGGUGAUACUGCCUUCUCUUCCACAUUCGCUGAUUUUGAGGCUUGGAAAACCCGCAACACACAAUUUGCCAUUGUCAACGGAGUCGCCUUGGCCUGUGGAAUCAUUCUUAUGGUUGUGUCGUGGAUAAUUAUCGUCAAUAAACGUGCGCCCAUUUUUGCCAUGAAUCAGACGAUGUUGGUCAUCAUGGUUAUCAAGAGUGCCAUGUACCUCAAGCACAUCAUGGGCCCACUUAACUCUCUCACAUUUCGAUUCACAGGACUCAUGGAGGAGUCUUGGGCUCCAUACAACGUCUACGUGACAAUAAAUGUGUUGCAUGUGCUUCUUGUUGCUGCAGUCGAAUCAUCUCUUGUGUUUCAGAUCCAUGUGGUUUUCAAACUGAGUCGUGCCCGUGUUGCUGGGAGGGCAAUUGUUCUGGCCAUGUCUACACUAGCUCUUUUGAUUGUGUCCCUUUACUUGUAUAGCACAGUCCGUCAUGCUCAAACUUUACGUGCCGAACUUUCUCAUGGCGAUACAACAACCGUCGAACCUUGGGUCGACAAUGUACCGCUCAUAUUGUUUUCUGCAUCGCUCAAUGUACUUUGUUUACUUUUGGCAUUGAAGCUCGUUUUCGCUGUCCGCACACGGCGCCAUUUGGGUUUACGUCAGUUUGACAGUUUCCACAUCUUAAUCAUCAUGGCCACACAAACAUUUGUGAUACCUUCAUCUUUGGUUAUUGCGAACUAUCGGUAUGCGAGUCUGCCACUUCUCAGCUCCAUCUCAAUUAUAGUGGCUGUUUGUAAUUUACCCCUCUGCUCAUUAUGGGCUUGUUCCAAUAACAAUUCCCUGUACCCGACAUCGUCGCAGAACACCAUAUUGAGCAGAUACGAGACAGAAACAUCUCAGGCAACUGAUGCAUCGCUGACUACCUGUGCUGGAAUUGCAGAAAAGGGUUUUGAUAAGUCUCCGGACAGCCCUACUUUUGGUGACCAAGAUUCUGUGUCCAUCUCUCAUAUCCUAGACUCUUUAGAGAAGGAUGUUGAGGGUGUUACCACACACCGCCUUACCUGA